AUCACUUAGCUAACUGAUAUUUCCAGAGCUAACUCGUCUCGCAACAAUGGCUUUCAAGUUUGCCUUUCUCUUCGGCCUCGUCGCCUUCGCCAGUGCUUGCUCUCAAGCUCCCGGAACCACCACCACCACUGUCACCACUACCGUCACCACCGUCUCUGCUGAUGAAGGAGAUGAAGGAAUCCUGAGCUCUCACGAUCGCAGUGUCAUCCGCAAGACCUGGGACCAAGCCAAGAAGGACGGCGAUGUCCCUCCUCAAGUUCUCUUCCGCUUCGUCACUGCCCACCCCGAAUACCAAAAGAUGUUCAGCAAGUUCGCCACUGUUCCCCAGAACGAACUUAUGGGCAACGGAAACUUCUUGGCCCAGGCUUACACCAUUUUGGCCGGUUUGAACGUCGUCAUCCAGUCCCUGUCCAGCCAGGAACUUUUGGCCAACCAAUUGAACGCCCUCGGUGGUGCUCACCAGGCUCGUGGAGCCACCCCCAUCAUGUUCGAGCAAUUCGGUGAAAUCUUGACCGGAGUCCUUGCUGAAGAGCUCGGCAGCGCCUUCAACGCUGAGGCCAAGAGCGCCUGGAAGAGCGGACUCGCCGCUUUGGUUGCCGGAAUCUCCAAGACCCUCAAGAAAUCGGAUGAUUUGGUUGAUCCCCAGACUAAAUUGUCUCCUCACAUGAUCGGUGAUGUUCAGAGGUCAUGGGAGAACAUCCGUGGAGGUCGCAACGCUAUGGUCUCCGACAUCUUCAUCAAGCUCUUCAAGGAGACUCCCCGCAUCCAGAAAUACUUCACCAAGUUCGCCAGUGUCGCUGCCGAUGCUCUGCCCGGCAAUGCCGAUUACGAGAAGCAAGUCGCCCUCGUCGCCGACCGUGUUGACACCAUCAUCUCCGCUCUGGAUGACAAACUGCAGCUUUUGGGUAACGUUAACUACAUGCGCUACACUCACAUCGCCCGUAGCAUUCCCCGUGGACCUUGGGAGGACUUCGGCCGUCUCCUCGUCCAGUCUUUGGCUGCUAAGGGUGUUUCUUCUGACGAUUUGGACUCGUGGAAGAGCGUUUUGUCCGUCUUGGUCAACGGAAUUGCUCCCUAGAUUUAAAUAUCUUACUGGGGUUCUCCAAAAUCAUCAAUGCUCAAGCAAUAAUGCGGAGAAGAAAAAAUUUCUGAACC